UUCAAAAUAAUGGUUGGCAAUGUGUGCAUCCAGCGCCUUAACCACGGCCCCUGCUGGCCCCAACAUGUCCAUUUCUGAGCUGCGUGCUUCCAGCGAGAUGGAGUCGUGUGUCACAGCUUCCUCCGUAUUCAGCAUGGUUGGACACAGGCCCUCAUCUAUGAAAGACGUCGGUUCGAAUGUGAUGAUUAAUCUGAAAGGUAUCGGUGAAAUCUAUAAAAUACGCAUUGGACAUGACAACAGUGGACAGGAUCCCGGGUGGUAUCUGGAAGAAGUCCGACUUGAAAACACAGCCACGCAUGAGCUCAUUUGUUUCACUGUUGAUUCCUGGAUAGCUGAGAACGAAAAUGAUGGAGAUACGUGGAAGGAAAUGCCUGUCAUGAGAACUAACAACGCAACUUUGCCAGUGGUGGUCUAUGAGGUUCACGUGUACACUGGCUCAAGGCUCGGGGCGGAAACCGAGGCUCACGUAUUUAUCAACCUCGUCGGCACCAGAGGAGAUUCCGGAACGCGGAGGCUUCAUCGAUCCACGAACAACAAAGUCCAGUUUCAGCGUGGACAGGUUGAUAUUUUCUCUAUCAAGGCUGUGUCUCUUGGAAAAUUGAAGAAAGUUCUGAUUAGUCAUGAUGGGACAGGUCCAGGCAAUGGAUGGUUUCUUGAGAGACUCAUCGUUAAGUCUGAAGAGGAGGAUGACAGUUUGCUGUUUCCAUGCAACAGGUGGCUGGACGAGUACCGAGAGGACGGCAGGACCGAGCGGGAGCUGCUCCCAGAAGGUAGCCACGGAGCAGGAGAGACGGGAUCUGUCACCUCCUGAGAGGGCUCAGUGGGGCUGUCACUCCCCUGUGAUCUGAGCACGGUGGUGCGUUGGCCUUUUGCUUGGACUGGAGCAAAGGCCGGAGAGGGGCUGUUGUCCUGAACUGUUCCUGGCUGUGGGGAACUUGGAAGCGGGAGGCUGCGCUGAGGGCACCGGCCUGGCCUCGAGCAGCGCUCGCCAGCUCUCUGAGGCACCAUGCUCCUCUUCCUCCUUUGCCUUUCCUUCUUUUCCUCUCUUUGAAAAAGGCUGGCCACUGUUGGGUUUAUUGGAAUGCUUGAACGGGUA